AUGGAUCUUAUUCAAGAGGCUGGUUUAAUGAAGACUGUGACUCAGUUUUCAAAGUGCUAUGAUAUGUUGGUAAAGGAAUUUAUUGUUAAUUUGUCUGAAGAAUGUGCUGAUGGCAAGUCUAAGGAAUUCAGGAAAGUGUAUGUGAGAGGCAAGUGUGUAAAUUUCUCUCCUUCAGUGAUCAACAAGUAUUUGGGAAGGCCUGAUGAAGCUCAACCUGAGCUUGAGGUAAGGAAGUGGCCUCUCAAAGGAAAAUUGGUGGCAAGUAAACUGAGUGUCAAGUAUGCAAUAUUGCACAAGAUUGGAGCUGCUAAUUGGGUGCCCACCAAUCAUAAAUCUACAGUUGCUGUAAUGCUUGGAAAGUUUAUAUAUGUUGUUGGAACCAAAGCCAAAUUUGACUAUGGCUCCUAUAUUUUUGAUCAAACUUUGAAGCAUGCAGGAAGCUUCAGUGUGAAAGGUCCUAUAGCCUUUCCAUCUCUCAUCUGUGGUAUUAUUUUGAAUCAGUUUCCAAACAUCUUAACUGAGAAUGAUUCUGUGAAGAAAAGAGACAGCCCUAUGUCUUUCAAUCAUAAGUUGUUCCUAGGUACCCAUGUCCCUGACAUUGUCAUGACAUCAGGUGAUGUGCUAGCUGAUGGUGGAGAGUUUGGUGAAGCUGCUGCUGUUGCAGAAGAAGCUGAAAGACAAGGUGAAGAGGGAGAAGCAGAUGCCAGUCCUGAUGAUGGCACAAAUGAUGAUGCUGACUCUGAGUCAGAUGACUAG